ACUGUGGGCAUGUUUUAGCUAAUAGCUCCUGCACAGCCCCAACAGACACGGACACAACCUGUGAGAUGCCCUCCAUUCAUCACGUUGGCAAUCGCACCAGCCUUCUCCCAUGCUGGGGUUAAGGAGAGGUUCUGCACCAGGUCAGGAUUCUCUCUCCUCUUGCACUGCUAUUUUCAUUGUGAUCGUGAGGGCUUUCUCUGCUGCUGCUGCCCUCAGGCACAGGGAGUUCCAGCGAUCAGAGCCAAGCAAAGCAGGCUGCAGACACCUGGCUGUGGCACCCAAUGCAGGCUGCUGUCAGCAGCACCAGGCACAUCAGGCACAUACUUGUGACUCAGGCUGGGUGUUUUGUUAUUCAGCUGCAAAGCAAGAAUGCACCCUCGCUGCCCUGACGUCCAGCAGCCAAGAGCAUGAUAAGGAUCAGAUGGAGAAAUGGCACUGCCAAGACACACAACCUCAAGAUGAGGAGGAGAGCAUCUCAGCAGAGAGCAAAGCUGGAAACAUGAGGCAGGAGCUGCCGUGUGGCCAAGGGCGUGCUGAGCCCCCUGGAUCCAACCCCUCCCAGCCCCUCACACACAGCUCCAGAACCAAAGCAGCAGCCCUCAGCAGGCCCUCAAUGCCCACGAACUCCAAGUGUUACAAUGAGAAGCACGGUAUUUUAAAACCCACAAGGAAAGAUUUUUUCCAAAGUUAUCCUCGCUAUACAUCACAGCAGUUUUUCAUGGUGUGGUUUCAGAGCAUCAUAACCCACAGCCACGCACAGUGCCGAUGCUGCAGCUGGAUUUCUGCACAUACUGAUGUAAUCUUUUUGGCCGCCUUUUGCAAACAUACCAUAAAGCUCUGCUGUGCUCCCCAGGACCUCACCUCCCUGCUGCCUUUGCUAGUAAUGUUUAUUGCCCUGCCAGAGAACAGGAAGCCUCCAGAAAAUGUCAGGGGUGGCUUUAUGCUGGCAGAUAAACAAAUGCUGAGUGACCAAGGAGAAAAUGUAAUUUCUUCCUUCUCACGCUGAGUUCAUUGGAGGAGUUGCAGUUAAACAUGCAGCAGUUGUUCAGGCAGGUUGUAGAUCAUGGAUGUGUUAACCCAGUGGAUGCUGAGGACCGCAGGGUCUGCGGGAAGAGAGAAAACUGCAGGUCUCCAUUUGAGUAUUGUGAGAGCUGGCCACGAUUUCAGAGCUAUUUAAGCUACUUUAAUAGGAAUUGCAAAUCUCAUUGUGGAGUCUCUUCUGUGAACACCGCUGUUUUCUGGAGGCUGGUGUUUGUGUUUGAAGCCAUUCUUCACCGACUGUAUGAUCCCCAUGCAGCUGUCAGACUGCACGAGACACACCAUUGCAGAUGAGGUAUUUCUGCACACUGUAUUCCCACUGCAAUUAGAGUAUAUGAAUGGGAAGCAUUUCUUUAUAAACGCAGAUGAUUUGAAACGCUUUUAAUAUUCACUAUGGCUUUGAGAAGAAACGAGAGCUGAGCCUUUGAUCAACUGCUGCCCAUACUGACAGACCGGGGUGACAUGAUCCAGUAUGGCCCAUCUCACGCAUCUCAAAACCAUGAAAAAAAAGAGUACUGUGGGUUUCCAGGGCAGAGACAUGGCAUGCAGUCCCUCCACAACGUAGAACAAAAAUUCCUAAAAUGUUUUUCUAAAUUCCUCAUGAAGUUAGUAUGUGGAAUGACCACUGUUAAAGCUCUUUUAACGACACCACAUGUUUUUCACUCCUUACCUGACCUGUUUGCUUCUGGCUGUGUCAGAGGGCUGUGCCUGCACUGCAUCCACAGGUGCAGUGAUGGCUGAUGCAGCUGAGCUGGUACUGUGCAAAAAGCUUUGGCUCACAGCGUGCCAGUGGCAUUAGAACCGUGUGACGAAACAAAUCGUUCCCUGCGGUCACAAACCAGCUCACAACACAGGCUUGUGGCCAUUCCCACUCAUCCUCCAGCACAGUCGCUGCUGCGUGACUCCGUGAGGUCUCAGAGUCCUGACAGCACAUUGCCCUGCUCUGCUCCCCACGCUCAUUAGGUGACAGCAGGCUUAUGAGCGUUGCAUGCACAUCACAGCACACACACAUACUUCACCACAUCACAACACGCCCAGUGACUAUGGUUUGUAUGAACAGCACCAAGGGAGAAUGUUUCCAUUGCGUUAAAGAGUUUCACUCUUCUAGGCGUAUAAAGCUUUGUAAAGUCCUCAUUUUACAAACUGCAAUUUGUGUUAUAUGGAUUUAGCCUCAGAUUUAGAAAACAAACCCUGCCUCCAAGCACAAGUCCCAGUGCCUUGCAUGCAGCAGGAAGGGUUCUGUUCCACUGAGCAGAAAGAGGACGUUAAUUGCAAGGAAAGUUGAACACCAGAACAUUUUGCCUAAUGGAGCACCAUGCUGCUGGAAGGAGACAACCUCAGGAAACGCAGCCUUUCUUUUCAACAGAAGAGAAAGGUCGUGCACUGCUGGUCCUCCUGUUGUCUGCAACAGUCUCUCUUCUGGGCGGGCUGAUAUUUGGAUACGAGCUGGGGAUCAUCUCUGGAGCACUGCUGCAGCUGCAGGUAGACUUCAGCCUUGGCUGCUUCAAGCAGGAGGCUCUUGUGAGCUCCCUCCUGGUUGGAGCCCUCCUUGCCUCUCUGGUCGGAGGAAUCCUCAUUGACCGCCAUGGACGGAGGAGGGCGAUUCUGGUCAGCAAUGUGGUCCUGUUAUUUGGCAGCCUAAUUCUCACACUGACCAGGUCGUUCAUUGGGCUGCUCAUUGGACGCAUGACGGUGGGCUUUGCCAUCUCUGUCUCAUCCAUGGCCUGCUGCAUCUAUGUCUCCGAAAUGGUGGCUGCACAUCAGCGAGGGCUGCUGGUGUCUCUGUAUGAAGCGGGCAUCACUGUAGGCAUCCUGUUGUCCUACGCACUGAAUUACGCCUUUGCAGAUACGCAGGAGGGAUGGAGGUACAUGUUUGGGCUGGCCAUGGCCCCAGCAGCCAUGCAGUUCCUCAGCAUCCUCUUUCUCCCAGUGAACCCUGUUAAACUAAACAUCUGGGACUCGGACUGCCAGAAGGGUCUCAUUCAAUUGCAGACUGCUGAGGACAGAGAGGCAGCAAAGCGGGAGCCCUAUAAGGAGAAGCACUACUCAUUUCUUGAUCUUUUCAGGACCAGAGACAACAUGAGUAGACGAACUCUGGUGGGGCUGGGCCUGGUGCUCUUCCAGCAGUUCACUGGGCAGCCCAACGUGCUGGGCUAUGCCUCCAAAAUCUUCCACUCUGUGGGAUUCCAGAGCAACUCCUCUGCCAUCCUGGCCUCUGUCGGGCUGGGGGCAAUCAAGGUGGUGGCCACACUGGUGGCGAUGGCCUUUGCAGACAAAGCUGGCCGCAGAGCACUGCUCCUGGCUGGCGGUGUGGUGAUGGCCAUCUCCGUCACCACCAUCGGCCUCACCAGCUGCAUCACUCCACUGGCCAUGGCCAGGGACUGCACAGCCGCUGCAGACCCCAAUGUGUCCCACAGCCUCCCCCAGCACCCCCUGGUACCCUCGUCCUCCCACAUCCCACCAGGCUUAGGAGAAGGCAACGGGCAGGCAGGCCUCGGUUCUGCUGCUACCAAAAGCCUUACAAAAGCUCUUGCCAGUGCUCGGAGCAAUGAGGUUGUUACUCGUUCUUCCCACACUCAGAAAAUGGGCUUGGCAGGGCAGUCCGACAAGGAGACAGUGGAGAGCACAGACCCUCCUUUCGGCAGCGCUCCCCUGACAGAACAUAUGGUUUUAAAUUGGAUUACGCUGCUGAGCAUGAUGGCUUUUGUGAGCGCUUUCUCAAUUGGAUUUGGACCAAUGACCUGGCUGGUCCUCAGUGAGAUCUACCCAGCUAGAAUACGAGGAAGAGCCUUUGCCUUCUGCAACAGCUUUAACUGGGCAGCCAAUUUACUGAUCAGCCUCUCCUUCCUGGAUCUCAUUGAUGCCAUUGGUUUCUCAUGGAUGUUUCUUCUCUAUGGGCUGAUGGGAGUGAUGGCUGUUAUAUUCAUUUAUUUUUUUGUUCCGGAAACAAAAGGACAGUCCUUAGAGGAGAUAGACCAGCAGUUCUCCAGGAAAUGGCUGCGGGAAGGAAACAGCUGCAAGCAGCGGCGUGCAAGAGGAGCUAGCUGUGCACAUGGGCAGUACCAGAGAGUGGAGCGUGCCAACAGUGCCUGACAGUGGGACUGCAGUGUCGUCCUGCAGAGGGGAACUGACCUGGGGA